AGUCGCGCCUGCAGGACCGGGGCGGUAGGGGACCCGGGGCCUCGCCCUCGCGUCACCCCCGCCGGCCUCCCCUCGUCCUGCCCCUGCCGGCGGCGACGGCCUCCGGCGGCUGUUGAGGGCCGCGUGUGUCCUGGGUGAGUCACGCUUAGGCCCCGUAGAAGUGUCCUCUCUCACCUGUCCUGGUGCAGAUCACCUUGGGACCGAACCUCGCAUGUCCGGAGAUGAAGAGAAUCUCUUAAGUCACACCACCAUUUCCUUGGGAACCUCGUGGCCGUACCCUGAAAUUCCAGAGCCCUGGCGUGCUGCAGCCAUGAGCCCCUCGCAGUGGGACCUGCCGGUGGAGCUUUGCUGCCGGCCUAUGGCCUUCGUGGCACUGACAGGCCUGGAUGUGGUCUACAACGCUGUCCAUCGGGCUGUGUGGGAUGCUUUCUGCGGCAACCGCAGGGCCGAUCGAGUCCCCAUUUCGUUCAAGGUGCUGCCGGGGGAUCAUGAAUACCCCAAAUGUAGGCCCAAGAGACCUUCGUAUGAGUGGUACAUCCCCAAGGGCAUCCUGAAGACCGGCUGGAUGAACAAGCACCUCAACCUGGUGCCGGCGUUGGUAGUUGUCUUCUACGAGCUGGACUGGGACGAACCACAGUGGAAGGAGAAGCAGUCGGAGUGUGCUACACGAGUGGAAAUCGUCAGGCAAAGUUUACAAGGAAGAAACACCAAAGUAGCCGUGGUUCUGAUUCAGAAGAAAAGCCCUUUACCCCCAGGAGAAGACCUGGUUGCUUCCGAGAGGGCAGCGGCUCUGUGCAACGCCUGCGAGCUGUCGGGUCAGUCCCUGUUUGUCCUGCCGCACACUGACCACCUGGUGGGGUACAUCAUCAGAUUAGAAAAUGCCUUUUAUGAACAUGCCCAGACUUACUACUACACUGAGAUCCGAAGGGUGAAGUCUCAUAAGGAGUUUUUGAAUAAAACCACCCACCAGCUUUUGUUUGUUAGACAUCAGUUCAAAAUAGCUUUCUUCAGUGAGUUGAAACAGGACACUCAAAAUGCUCUGAAGAACUACCGGACCGCCUAUAAUCUCAUUCAUGAAUUGAGAGCCCAUGAGAUGAACAUUCUGGAAAUUAAGACCAUGGCAGGAUUUAUAAACUACAAGAUCUGCAGGCUGUGUUUCCAACACAACACCCCACUAGAUGCCAUUGCUCAGUUCCGCAAACACAUCGACGUGUGUAAGAAGAAAAUAGGUAGCUCCGAGCUGUCCUUCGAGCACGCGGCCUGGAUGUCCAAACAAUUCCAGGCCUUUGGGGAUCUGUUUGAUGAAGCCAUCAAGUUGGGACUGACAGCAAUUCAGACGCAGAACCCUGGCUUCUAUUACCAGCAGGCUGCCUACUACGCACAGGAGCGGAAGCAGCUGGCAAAAGCCCUCUGCAGCCAUGAGCCCUCCAUCUCGUACCCCAGUCCUGAUCCCUUGGAGACACAGACAGGCGUCCUUGACUUCCAUGGACAGAGGGCCUGGCGGCAAGGAACACUGAGUUUUGAUCUUUCUGAUCCUGAAAAAGAGAAGGUGGGAAUUCUUGCCAUUCAGCUGAAGGAGAAGAGUGUUAUCCACUCUGAAAUGAUAAUCACUCUCCUGAGCAAUGCAGUUGCGCAGUUUAAGAAGUACAAGUGUCCAAGGAUGAAGAGUCACCUCAUGGUUCAGAUGGGAGAGGAAUAUUAUAAUGCGAAGGACUAUACCAAAGCUUUGAAGCUGCUGGACUACGUAAUGUGCGACUAUCGUAGCGAAGGCUGGUGGACGCUGCUCACAUCCAUCCUUACCACCGCGCUCAAGUGUGCCUACCUGACAGCGCAGGUCAAGGACCACGUCACUUACUCGCUGGAACUCCUUGGCAGAGCUUCUACUCUGAAAGAUGACCAGAAAUCUCGGAUAGAAAAGAACCUCAUAAGCGUUUUAAUGAACGAAAGCCCUGAGCCGGAACCUGACUGCGAUAUCUCGGCUGUGAAAACUGCUCAGAAGCUGUGGGCCGACCGAGUGUCUCUGGCUGGCAGUAACGUUUUCACAAUAGGGGUGCAGGACUUCGUGCCAUUUGUGCAGUGCAAAGCCAAGUUUCACGCCCCGAGUUUCCAUGUGGAUAUUCCCGUGCAAUUUGAUGUUUAUCUGAAGGCUGAUUGUCCACACCCCAUCAGAUUUUCAAAGCUUCGUGUCAGCUUCAAUAAUCAGGAAUACAACCAGUUCUGUGUCAUCGAAGAAGGAGCCAAGGCGAGUGAUGUGCUGGACAGUUCAGCUCAGGGGAAGAUGUGCCUGGUUCCUGGGAAAACCAGGAAGUUUUCCUUUAAGUUUGUUGCAAAAACUGAAGAUGUGGGGAAGAAGAUUGAGAUCACGUCCGUGGACCUGGUCCUGGGCACCGAGCUGGGAAGGUGUGUAGUACUCAACUGGCAGGGGGCAGGUGGUGACGCUGCAUCAGUCCAGGAAGCCCUGCAAGCAUCUCGCUCCUUCAAGAGACGACCCAAGCUAGUGGACGGCGAGGUGCCCUGGGAUGGGCUGACAAGCCAGGCCAGCACUAUGAUCAUUUCCAGGGUCCCUGAAAUCACUGUGAGUCUGCAGCAUGCACCGCCUGCCCUGGCCAACGAGAUGUACUGUCUGCUUGUGUCUGUGCAGUCACGAGAGAAGACCCGCAUCCGAGAUGUAAAGAUUACUGCAGGCCUGAAGCCCGGACAGGACGCCAAUCUGACUCAGAAAACGCACGUGACUCUAGAGGGCGCGAAGCUGUGUGACGAAUCCUACCCAGCCUUGCUCACCGACAUCCCCAUCGGAGAUUUGAAUCCUGGGGAGCAGCUGGAGAAAAUGCUCUAUGUUCGCUGUGGGACCGUGGGCUCCAGAAUGUUCCUGGUAUACGUCUCAUAUCUCAUCAACACGACUGUUGAGGGGAAAGAAAUUGUCUGCAAGUGUCACAAGGAUGAAACAGUAACAAUUGAGACAGUCUUUCCUUUUGAUGUGGCAGUAAGAUUCGUGUCCACCAAGUUUGAGUACCUGGAGAGGGUCUACGCUGACAUCCCCUUUCUGCUGCUGACGGAUCUUCUGAGUGCCUCCCCCUGGCCCCUCACCAUUGUGUCCAGUGAGCUGCAGCUGGCGCCCACCAUGAGCCCUGUGGAUCAGCUGGAUUCCCUGGUGGACAAAGUUGUCUUGCAGACUGGCGAGAGUGCCAGUGAGUGCUUCUGCCUACGCUGUCCAUCCGUGGGACCUGUGGACGGCGGAGUUGCAACUGGCCUCUAUACUGUCUCCUGGAAGAGGACCACAGCCAUGGCGGACAUCCCUGUCAUCAGCACCACCAUCACCCUGCCUCAUGUGCUUGUGGAGAACAUCCCGCUCCAUGUGAAUGCAGAUCUGCCAUCGUUCGGCCGUGUCCGUGAGUCGCUGCCUGUUCGCUACCACCUACAGAACAAGACCAGCACAGUUCAGGAUGUGGAGAUCGCAGUGGAGCCCAGUGAUGCCUUUAUGUUCUCCGGACUGAAACAGAUCCGGCUUCGUAUCCUGCCUGGCACUGAGCAGGAGAUGCUCUUCAAUUUUUACCCUCUCAUGGCCGGCUACCAGCAGCUGCCCUCCCUCAACAUCAACCUACUCAGGUUUCCCAACUUCACCAGCCAGCUGCUCCGGCGCUUCCUACCCACCCGGAUUUUCGUGAAGCCACAGGGCCGGCUCGAGGAUGAUGCUUCAAUUGUGGCCGCGUGACGGAGCCCGCCUGGUGCUGUGCUCCGGAGACCACAGAGCCCCUUGGCAUAUGCUUAUGAACUGUAGCUUCAAUCAUGGUCCAAGUGAAUCUAUUUUUUAAUGGGCGUGAUACCAACUUUGCAGAGGAACUCACGCUUCAAAAUAUUAGGAAAAAAAUCUAUCCUAUAGUUUCACAAAUAAAUAUUUGGAAUCUC